AUGGCGACUGAAUAUCAAUCAGUAUUUACUUUUCUCAAUUUGACUACAUCGUUAACAACGAUCGAUCGUGAACGUAUGGAAAAACUUCGUUCAUCUUAUGAUACGAUAGUCAAAACAUCGUCAGUUACUACUAUGGGAGUAAAUAUAGAUGAUCAACUUAAACAACUUGCUCAAAUAUUUAUGCUUAUCGAUGAUGCAACAAAUAUUGAUCAUUUAAAAAUUUGUGUUACAGCAAGUAGUAUAGGAGUAGCAUGCGAAGCAAUUUUCGCUAAAUAUGCUGAUAUGAUGAUUAUGGAAAAAAGAAAUGCAAAGAAGGCACUACAACAGUCGACCGCAUCAGUCACAACAAAUAUUACUGAUAAGCAAGCAACCAACAUAGUAGAAUAUUUAUCGCAUAUCAUCUGUCAAAUUAUUGUCAAACAAAAUGAACCAGCUGUUAUCGGGUUUAUUCAUAACUUUCUUCUAUCUCCAGUUGGUGAGGCUACAUCAACACCAUCCACUAAGACCUUUGCUGUAUUAUCUCCAGACACUCUUGUUCAUGGACCUCUAAAUCCGAGUUCGAUACUAGAUGCUUUUAUUCGUUCUCAAUUAAUGGCUAAAGGUGGUACAAUCAAUGUUGGUCGUCCGCUUACUAAAUUUUCAUUGGUAGAGCCAAUAACAUUGGUCGACGAAUUUGAUACUUGGCAUUUCGAUCAAUUACGUGGACUAUUCGAAUUAAACCUUGUCUCGGAGAAAAAACAAUUUCCAUCCAUAUGGAGAUUGGCAUCAAAUGCUAAAAUCUUCUUCGUUUUAGAGUUACCUGGCGGUGACAGAAAUAAUGAUCAGGAAAAUGUACAAACGAGUAGAAUUAUCGAUCGACCAAGUACAGCAUCAUUAGAACAAUUUGUUGAAGAUGUUUGUGAGAAAGAAAACAAUGGUAUGGCUAGUAAAUGGAUUGGUGCAUUGCGUGCAGAUGAUCUUUUUACGUUUGAUCAUCUUGCCAAUCUAAAAUACAACGAAUGGAGUGAACUUAAAGUGUUAACUUUGAAUGGAAGAAAAGUUCUCAAAUCGUAUAUCGAUCGUGAAAAACAAACGGCUAGCGAUGCCAAAACAGCCAAAAGCGCAAAUACAAGUGGAAUACAAUCGCAUUCGGAAUUACUCGCGUAUCUUCAUCAGAUCAAAUUAUAUUUUCAUCAUAUACUUGCUGAUCUAUUUGCCGAUGCUCAAGUUCCAACUCCAGCUAAAUUGGAUGCUCGUUGUGUUCAUUUAUCAUUCGAUGAGAUGCGUAAGGAUGGUUUUGCUGAUGAUGGACUUUUCGAUGAAAUGAAAAUGUUUUUUCUUCCACUUACCAUGAUCGAAGAAGAUUUAGCUGUCGAUGAUUCACAAUGGCGUUUUAUUUCGCAAAAUAAUAUGAGAGAACAACAGAAACUAUUGGAAAGGAGAAAAUAUCUACUCACAGAGCUGAGCGAGAAGGAAAGUGAAUAUUAUCGACAUGAUGAUAACGUUCGAAGAUUAAGAAAAGAGAUGCAUACAAACAAACAAGUAUCAGCAGAUGAGAAUGGAGAAGGAUAUGGAAACUUUUCAGUGUCAGAAUUAUUGGAUAUUAAUCGACAAGCAAUGGAACAAUUGGAUUCAGAUCGAAAUAAACUACGAACUCAACUUCAAGCCAUUGAAGAUCUACUCAGUAAUAUCGAACAAAUCUCAAUGAAACGUAAUGAUAAAAGUGAUAAAAAGAAAGAACGAGAUCUUAUCAAGCCAAAUCGAGGUUUUAUCAUGUAUGGACCACCAGGCACUGGUAAAUCAGAUAUCAUGAGUAAACUAUCGACACGUAUGGGUGUGAAUAUGGUUGCACCUCCAAUUGCUGCUGGUGAACUUAAUCGACCACUUGUAGGCGAAUCGGAACGUGUAAUCUUGGAUAUUUGUAUGCGUUGUCAUCGAACACCUUAUCUGAUGUGCUGUGUAUCUAUCGAUGAAAUUGAUUCGUUAGCACCGAAACGUACAGAUGAUUCAAGUGAUGGAAAUGUAGCUAAACUUAGUGUUCUAUUAUCAGUCAUUGACGGUAUCAAAGAUGUACCCAAUUUGAUGAUCUUUUGUGCUACAAAUCGUUUACAUACGAUGGAUGAAGCAUUUUUACGACGUAUGUCCGGAAAAUUCUUUGUUGGACGACCUUCAUCUCGCGCUCGAAAGAGUAUUCUAAGUGGAAUGAAACCAUGGCAUUUAUCACCACAUUUACUCGAAAAUUUAACUACGGCAACAACUAAUUUCAGUGGAGCUGCACUCAGAGCUCUUCGUCGAUUGAUUACAGUACACUGCGUUGAUGCUCAACGUAUUAAUCCACGUUAUCAACUUGACUAUCGUACAAUGCUUCAAUUAACUGAUACAACAGCAAGACAAUAUCGUAUUUUAAUUGGUGCAGAAACUUUACCGACUCUUUUAUUGCGUACGUUAGUUGACGAUGAUCAAUCAUUCGAAGAUGAUCAACAACCAAAACCACGAUUCAAUGAUUUACCGAAUAAACCUAGAUCGCUGUAUACUGGUAAAAUAAUUAUUAAUUUACAUGCACGUCGUAUUGAUAUCGAAUCAAUACUUAUGCAAGUGGGUACGGAUGAACGUGAAAAAGUUGUUUAUCAAGAAUUUUUACGUGAUUCAGAAACUAAUUUACAAGAGUUACUUGAACGUUUGACUGUCUAUGGAAAAUCACGUAAUGUGCAACUUCUUCAAUUGAUCGAUCUUAAUCUACUCUCAGCUGAAAGUGCUUAUGAUGAAAAAGAUAAAUUCGAAACUUUGAAAGAACGUCUUGACGAAUGUGCAGGUUAUCGUCGUUCAAUGAUCGUCUAUGAUUUAGAUUCAUUGAUUGGAGUGAAUAAAAGUGAAGGAAAUUCUUCAAUGGGUCGAUCAACUAAUUUUUCAUUAAUCAAUCAAAAUGUGUAUACUUACGUAAAAGAUAAAUUUCAAACUGCAUAUAUCGAACCAUCACCGAUGUUUUCCAAUACAACUGAAAACAACAAUAAUGAUAUUGUUAGUACUGAGAAAUGGUCCGUCAUGGUUAUACGUGAUCAAUUUCUUCUUCGUCAAUUUUGUGAUGAUGUUCAAUUUACACGUACAUCAAGUGAAAUUGAAGAAGAAGAAGCUCAAAUGCGUAGUGCUGACGAACGAAUUAAAUGUGUUCAAUGUAACGAUUAUUAUAUUGAACCAGAUAAUAAGAUGGGUGUUUGUAUGCAUCACGAUGGAUUUGUCUAUGAUAAUCAUUCAUUGACACUUGACCAUUGGGGUCAAAGAGAUGCAGUAGAACGAUUAUUGAAAGAAGAAGCAGCUGCUAUACAAAUGUCAUUAAAAACUCCAUUGUCACCAGAAGAAAAAGAACGAAUGGAACGUGAAAAAUUACGUUUUAAAUAUAUUUGUUGUAAUCAAACUGUACAAACUGCAAGUUCAAUGGGUGGUUGCAAGAAAGGAAAACACAGUCCACCCAACAUGACAUUACUCGAAUGGGAAUACGCCUGUGAUAAUCAUAAGGACUAUCAAGAUAAACGAUUGAACUUGCUUCGAAAUAAAUUGAUACUUAUUAUGGCAACUAAUCGCAAGAUCAAAGAAGAAGAAGAACGAUUACAAGCAGCAAAUAUACGACUGCUACGUGAACUUGAAUUGAGUCAAAUGAGUGAUGCUGAUGAACAGAUUGCUAGACAAGAAUUUGCCAUGUUCGACGAGAUGAAAAGUGAACUUGAAAUAUUGAAUCGCGAUAAUGAAGAACGUAUACAUGAACUUGAUGCAGAAAUUCAAGAUAUGAAUCAGGACAUUGACACUGCUGAAUCAGAACUCAAUCAACUCAAUGAACAAUUGGAACGAUUUCGUAUUGACAAAGAAAUUCAGGACAAAGAUUUUCACCAAAUGACUGCUAGAUUGAGCAAACAAACUGACGAACUAGAACGUACUGAAGAAGAAUUAUUAAAGUUUCGUCGACAAGAGCUUGAACUUGCUGUCGAAUGCGACAAAUGGCAAACGACACUCAUUCAACAACAAGAACUAAUUACAGAAGAGAAACAACGAGUCGCUGAUCUUGGACAACAAAUGGCAGUAUUGGAAAAUAAUAAACGUUUGCUAGAAAAACGAAGCGCUGAACUUACUGAAGAAUUAAAAGCUGCCGAAACUGAACAAGUCGCUCUUCAACAAGAAUUAGCUAAGAUUGAUGCUGAACGAGUUCCAUUGGAACAGCAAACGAAACGAUUACAACAAGAAUUAGCUGCACUUCAACGAGUUGUUCAACAACAGACCGAGAAAAUUCGUCAAACUCAGGAAGAAAUGGCUCAAUGUGAACAAGAAAUAAAUGCAUUAAAUACGCGUAUUCAAGAAUUGGAACAAGCCAAGCAGCAAUCGGAAAAUGAAAUACGUGGAUUAGAACAAUUAAUUGAACGUAUUGAAGAGAUGAUAGUACAAGCGGAAACGCAGCAACGCGAAAUAGAGAAAUUAAUUCAACAGAAAAAUGAACAAAAACAGGCGGCUGAACAGGAGCAACAUGCAGCUGAGAGUGAAGCUCAACAAUUACAACAAGCUGUCGAAUCACUUAACAGUGAAUUACAAGAAGCGCAAAACAGAUUAGCUACAGCAAUUGGCGAACUCAAUGAAUGUGAAGAAAAAAUACGUGAAGCCGAAAAUGAAAUUACUAAAUUGAAAGAAUUAGUGGAACAAAUCGAAGAGGAAGUGGAAACUGCAAAAACUGAACUCACCGAUCUCACUGAGCAACAUGAAGCUAAACAAACUGAAGUAACGGAAGCUGAAGCGGAGAAAGUGAAACUUGAAGCGACACUUACUAAAAAGCAAAAAGAACUCCAAGAAGCUACCGAAGAAGUUACUAAACUCGAACAAGCUGUAGCUGAAACUAAAAGUAAACUUGAUGAAGCGACAACAUUGCUAAAUCAAAAUACAGAAACAUUGCGUAAAGAAGAACAAAAUGAACUGGAUAAGAAAAAGGAAUUGGACGAUCAACAAAAAAUCGUUAAUGAUGCGAAGAAAGAAGAAGACAACUGUACUAAUGCAGAGAAUGCCGCAAAGAAAACUAUGGAUGCUGCGAUUCUUACUGAACAAACAGAGCAGGCAGCAGUACAGGCAGCGAAUGCAGCGUUGCUACAAGCUCAAAAUGCACUUAAACUAGCUCAAUUUGACGAAAAGAUAGCACGAGACAACAAAAAUAACAGUGCCAUCAAUGAGAAAGUGGGUAUAGUUAGAACUGCUACACAAGCAGUUCACACAUGCGAACAGAAUAAGCAAGCUGCAGACUUUAAGCUGUCACAAGCGUCUGCAAAACGCCAGGAAGCUACGGCUGACCAUCAGUCUGUAAUCGACAAGACACGCCAGGCCAAGCAAAAACAUGAACUAGAGAAGAAAACGCUUAUGACUAAAGACAAUGAAUGGAAUAGACAGAUCGGAAUAAAAAAAGCGGCUGAACGACAGGUCAAUGCACAAAAAGAAGUUGUGACUACAGCUACCGAUGAUCAUAAGGAAGUUAAGGGAAAACUUGAUACAGCCAAAGAACAGAAAACAACAAAAACAAAUGAAUUUAAUGAUGCCGAAGCUGAAGUUCAAAAGCAGACGGAAAAGAUAACAAAGUUGACAAAAGAAGCAACUGAAUUAGAAACAAAAGAAACGCAAGCUAAAGAAACACUUACCAACACAGAGAAUAAAUUGAAAGAAGCUCAAGAAAAACAAAACGUGGCCGAAGAAAAUCUCAAAACAAACACCGAACAACUGAGAGCUAGUCAACGAGCUGUUCAAGAAGCAGGAGCUGCUGCUGGUCAGAAACAACAAGCACUUGGAGCUAAACAGGCUGAACAUGCAGCUAAACAAGGAGCAGCACAACAAGCCAAGAAUAAUGUUGCUGUGAUCGGUCAAGAUAUUGCAUUAGCUGAUGCCAAUAAAGAAGAAUUAGAAAAUGAGAAAAGAAAACGGGAAAAUGCACUGCGUAGGGAACGCGAAAAAAGUCAAAAACUCAAUGCAGAGCAAGAUCAGCUGAAGGCAAAAGUUGAACAAACGCAACAGCAGAAACAACAACAUGCAAGACAAGUACAAGAUUUAAAAAAUCAACUUGAUACGCAAAACGGAGCUAUGAUGGAAAAGAGUAACGAAGUUGACAGCGCUAAGGCUGAUUUGCAAGCGAAAGAACAACACAAAGCUCAACUGCAGUCGCAGCGCGAUGAGCGUACUGCACGUUUUGAACAGGUUAAAAUACAGAUUCGAGAAAAUGAGCAAGGUCUGCAAGAGAACGGAAGAAAUAUGAAACAAAUGGCACAGACCAUACAAAAACUGGAAGUCGAUAAACAGACGAAUGCACGCACAGCAGCUGAGACAGAGCAGCAUCUUCGUCAAAGAAACGAACGACUUCAACAACUAUCCAAUCAAGUUGGACAAAGACAACAAGUUUAUGAUGAACUGCAGAAGCGAAACAAUAAAAUCACAGUUGAUGUCGAGCAACGUCAAGUAGCAAAAGAACGUUUAGAAAAAAAUGCAGAAGAAGUGCACAAUCAAUGGACAUCAAAACGAAUAUGGUUGACAACUGCGAUGAAAAAUGUCACUCAAUUUCAACAAGAUAUAAACAAUAUUAAACUAACUAGUCGUCAACAACAACAACAGGAACGACAAAAUAUGAAUCUACAUCAUACAAACGAUAUUCGACGACAACAACAGCAAGUUCGUCGUAACUAA